ACGAGUGUGUUUACUUUACUUUACUUUAGUUUAGUUUAGUUUAGUUUAGUUUAGUUUAGUUUGUCUGCACAGAUGAUCAGAAGUUUGAUUUAGAAGAGAUCCAGCAGGACUCGGAUCUUCUGCUUCAGUCUGUGUUCUGGUGAGCUCCAGAUGGACUCCUCAGGUGUUUCUCCAGGGCUUCUUCACAUCAAGCUCCUCACUCUGGUGCUGAUGCUGUGCUUCAGUCUUCUCUGUGGAUUCAGUCCUGUGUGUGUCUUGAGACGAGUGACACGCUUCAGCUCAGAUCCAGGACCUCGGCUGAGGGUUCUGAGUCUGGGCUCAUGUUUGGCCGGGGGGGUGUUCCUGGCCUGCUGUCUUCUGGAGCUUCUGCCGGACUUCCUGAAGCACACCAGAGACACGGUCAGCCGCCUGGACAUCACCCUUCACUUCCCGUUGUCAGAGUUCCUGCUGGCCGUGGGUUUUCUUCUGGUUCUGGUUCUGGAGCAGAUGCUGCUGGUGUUCAGGGAUCAGCCGAGCGAGUCGUCUCAGGAGAAGCAGGCUCUGAUGGACGCUGAAGAGCGCAGCCGGGCGGCGGAGGGCGGUCCGGGUCACCGGGGUCUGCGUGUGUUCCUGCUGCUGCUCUGCGUGUGUGUGCGGGCGUUCCUGGACGGGCUGAGCGUGGGCUCUCUGGAGGAGUGUGUGACCCUGCUGCUCCACGAGGGUCUGCUGGCCUUCAGUCUGUCCGUGCUCCUGACCCACCUCUCUCUCCGCCGGACGCUGCUGUCCGGAGCGCUGCUGCUGUUCUCUCUGUCCGGUCCGGCCGGGAUCGGGGCGGCUCUGGCUCUGGACGGGCUGGAGUCCGGCGCUCAGGGGUGGCUGGUCCGCUGCACCGUCGAGGGUCUGACCGCCGGGAUCUUCCUGAACAUCAGUCUGCUGGGAUCCCUGCGGCAGGACUCCGGCUCACCCAGGCAUCGCAUCCAUAAAGUGGCUUUCCUGCUGACCGGCUUCGCUCUGGUCACCGCCGUCCUCUUCUGCAGAGUCUGAUUCAGUAACUGUCGGGGAACACCAAAGGGUUUUCAGCACAGCUAAGGGUUAAGAGUCUGGUUUGUUAAGAUCAGACUAUCUUUGACAAUCUGGAAUCUGAGCGUGCAGAAAAAAUUGUAGCAAUGCAUAUUACUAAUCAAAAAAUAAAGUUUUGAUAUAUUUAGUGUAGGACGUAUACACUAUCUUCAUGGAACUUGAUCCUCGUGAAACUAGUUUUGUUUUUUUUCUUCUUUCUUUUUUGUAUAUUUGUUAAUGCUAAUCAAUCAAUCAAUCAAUCAAUUAAGCACUGAACAGAAUCAAAUGUGCUAUAUAAGUGUGUGGACUGAGUAUAUUUAAUAUGUACAUAAAAAUGUGUAUAAAUAUACACAUAAUAAAUAUACACAUACAUAUAUUAUGUAAACCUA